CUUUUUUUCAAAUGUUCGAUUAAAUUUCUUUGUUGGCUUCUAUUAUUUUUCCAUCAUUCUUAUCGCUUUUACGCUUCAUUAUUUUCAUACAUUUACACUCUUCUCGGGAACGUACACCCAUACAAACGUACAACUGACACUAGAAUGGGUGCAUGCAUGUCGACGGAUGAACGCGAAGAAUGGGAGAAUAGUCAACGGAUCGACCGAAUGCUCGAAGACGACCAUCGGAAGGUUAAACGUGAAUGCAAGAUAUUACUUCUAGGGAGUGGUGAAUCAGGCAAAUCAACCAUUGUGAAGCAAAUGAAGAUUAUUCACCAAAAUGGAUAUACGGAAGAAGAGCUCUUUCACUGGCGACCGACGGUGUAUCAGAAUAUUAUCGAGUCAUCCCAGGCCCUGGUCAAAGCCAUGGAACGAUAUGGAUAUCAUUUCCAAGUGACCAAAAAUCAUAAUUACGCUUUGAGGAUCAUGGAAUACAGUUUGGCCGAUGUUAGCUCGGGAUUGGACGGCGACUUUGUAGAAGCAUUGAACGGCAUAUGGAGUGAUCCGGUGAUUCCUCGAUUUAUGGAUAAAGAAGCCAGCCAUUUUUACAUUAUGGAUUCGGCACCCUACUUUUUCAAUGAAUUGGAACGCAUUGGCCAACCCGAUUAUAUACCCAACGUCCAGGAUGUAUUAUGCGCUCGAUCCAAAACCACGGGCAUCAUCGAAACCCGAUUCAGCAUGGGUCAAUUAAGUGUACAUAUGUUCGAUGUUGGAGGACAGCGAUCGGAACGGAAGAAAUGGAUUCAUUGUUUCGAAGGCGUGACCUCGAUCAUCUUUUGUGUCGCCCUCAGUGAAUACGAUCAAGUGCUAUUGGAGGAAUCUCGACAGAACCGUAUGAUGGAAAGUCUGGUCCUUUUCGAAUCGGUGAUCAACAGCCGAUGGUUUCUGCGAACAUCCAUUAUUCUCUUUCUCAACAAGAUUGAUUUAUUCAAAGCCAAAUUACCCAAAGUGCCAUUACAAAAAUUCUUUCCAGAUUAUCAAGGUGGGCAGGAUCCGAACAAAGCAGCAAAGUAUAUCUUGUGGAGAUUCAAUCAAACCAACCGUGCGAAACUCGAUAUAUACCCCCACUUGACACAGGCUACAAAUACGUCCAAUAUCCGACUGGUGUUUGCUGCCAUCAAAGAAACCAUCCUUCAAAACGCUUUAAAAGAUUCCGGAAUCUUGUAAUAUAUGAAACCUGUCCACUACGCAAUCCGAAAACUGUAAAUACUGUAAUUGUACCUCUUUACCGCUACUCUUAUUCUGAUAUUAUUCUAUCGUACCUU